GGGACAAAGCAUCAUCUUCUCUUUGAACUGCACUGUAAAACCCGACCGCUCUCGUAGCCCAGCCAUGCUCUGAUACGAUUUUUCUCUCCUUUUUCCCCCGAUUUUGGUGUGAAUGAUAAAGUGAUCUGAUGAUGGCUCUCGUUAUGGAACCUAUUAGCAAGUGGACGCCCAAGCAAGUAGUGGAUUGGAUGAAAGGCCUCGAUGAUUGCCUCCAACAAUACAUCAAAAACUUUGAGAGAGAGAAGAUCAACGGGGAGCAGCUGCUGCACAUCACUCACCAGGAGCUGGAGGAGCUGGGGGUGACUCGCAUUGGCCACCAGGAGCUGAUCCUGGAAGCUGUGGAUCUGCUCUGUGCAUUGAAUUACGGUUUGGAGACUGAAAACCUGAGGACUCUGUCUCACAAGCUGAAUGCCUCAGCCAAAAACCUCCAGAACUUCAUCACGGGUAGGAGGAGGAGCGGCCACUACGAUGGCAGGGCCUCCAGACGGCUGCCAAAUGAUUUCCUUACCUCUGUAGUUGACCUGAUUGGUGCUGCCAAGAACUUACUCGCCUGGCUGGACAGGUCUCCGUUUGUCAGCGUGACAGAAUAUUCACUGCUGAAAAACAACAUUGUUCAACUGUGCCUGGAACUAACAACCAUUGUGCAACAGGAUUGUACGGUGUAUGAAACAGAAAAUAAAAUUCUUCAUGUGUGUAAAACCCUGUCUGGGAUCUGUGACCACAUCAUUUCCCUCUCCUCUGACUCUCUGGUGUCCCAGUCUGCUCAUCUCGAGGUCGUUCAUCUCACCAGCAUCAUGCCCAGUGAGGGGCUGGGAAUGUAUAUCAAAUCAACAUAUGAUGGACUACAUGUAAUCACAGGAACAACAGAAAAUUCUCCUGCUGACCAGUGUAAGAAAAUCCAUGCUGGUGAUGAGGUGAUCCAGGUCAACCACCAAACUGUGGUUGGCUGGCAGUUAAAGAACCUAGUAAAUGCACUGUGGGAAGACCCAAAUGGAGUGAUUUUAACCUUGAAAAAACGUCCUCAGAAUACCCUGGUUUCUGCUCCUGCCCUUCUGAAGAAUGUGAGGUGGAAGCCUCUGGCCCUGCAGCCUGUGAUUCCAACCAGCCCCACGAGCAGCUCUACAACCCCAACGAGCACGAUGGGCAUGCCCUCAAAAAUGGACAACUCUGCACUCCAGGAUGUUUUCAUUCUCUCCCCCAUGUCAGGACUUUAUGGCCCCAGGGAUGAAAUUGGAAUCAUGUCUUGUGACGACAUCAGCAAGUUUGGAAAGCCUGGGAUGAAGGGCUCAGAGUCUCCAAACUAUUUCCUGGAGCACGAGAGUGGGAAAUUCUACACUCUGAUAGAGGGGGAAGGACACCCCGGGGGCUCCGAGUACGAGAGGAGCAGAGCCCCAGGCGUGAGGAGAAGGGAGAAAACCCCAACCCAUGGAGAUUUGAGGCCAGUCUCGAUGCCUACUGAGUACAGCUGGAUAGGGGAGCCCAAAGAACAGAACAUGUACAAGAGGGGAAGCAGAGGUGAAAACUCGCUGCUGCGCUACCUGAGCGAUGACAAGAUCCUGGUGAUCCAGGAGGAGCCCCUGGCGCAGAAGGACAGCAAGAGGGACACGGCCAGGAGGUCCAGGAGGAAGGGCAAGGGGCCAGGGACCCCCGGCUUCCCCAUCAGCCCCUCGGUGCUGGCCUCCACCAUGAGCAUCAGGAUGGAGCCGGGGCAGCAGGACGUGCUCGGCUUCUCGCUGGCAGAGAACAACACCGUGCCCCUCUACCACUCAUUCCAUUACGCUUCCCUCAGGGUAAAAAGCAGGAAAUGGUCAAAAGGUAACUUCUUUCACGUGAGCCGCAGGCGAAUCUCCUGCAAGGACCUGGGCCACGGCGACUGCGAGGGCUGGCUCUGGAAGAAAAAGGACGCCAAGGGGUAUUUCACCCAGAAAUGGAAAAAGUACUGGUUCAUCCUGAAGGAUUCCUCCUUGUACUGGUACACAAACCAGAAUGAUGAAAAAGCAGAAGGAUUCAUUAGUUUACCUGAAUUCAGGAUAGACAGAGCAAUUGAAUGCAGACGAAAACAUGCCUUCAAAGCAUGUCACCCCAAAAUAAAGAGCUUCUACUUCGCAACCGACUGCCUUGAAGAGAUGAACAGAUGGAUGAAUCGUUUGGGUCUCGCAGCAAUUGGUUACACACCUGAUGACAAGGAUAUUCACCCAGAUGAAGAUUACUGGAGCGAGAGCGACCAGGACGACGUCGAGGGCUCGCUGACGCUGAAGCAGGAAGGCUCCGCCACGCUGUGUGACAGCUACCACCGCACCCCCUCAGUGAACUCCUCAAGCCCAUUCCCCGAAGCCAAGCAAGGCCGACACUUUUCCAGCGAAUCCACGUACUCCCAUUCCUCGGCCGAGGAGUCGCGGCCGGAGGCGGCGGGCAGCACGCACUCCUCGGGGUGCCGGCCUCCCUACCGAGAACGGCGCUCGUGGCAGGACCUGAUCGAGACCCCCCUCACCAGCUCAGGGCUCCAUUUCCUCCAGACCGUCCCUCCGGAGGCGGAGUACGCGAGCGGCCGGCCCGGAAUGUCCCCGGACAGACGGAGACAAGCCACGCUGCCCGUGCAGAGGCGCCACAACUUUGAGCAGGAUGGGCCUUUCCCUCUGGUGGAGUGUCCCAGGGGACACAGCUCCCACGGGCGGCCCCAGAAACCGCGCAGCCAAAGCCUACCCCGGAACAGAGACGUGCGCGGGAAGGGACGCGUGAAAUCCAUUGAGGACACCGACGACAGCCUGGAUGAGAAGGUUCCUCUUAGAAGGCACAAUAGUUUCUGUGCAGAAGAAAACGUGAAAGAAAUUGAAGAUAUCACAGAUGGUCUGCAAGAGCUCUACAGAACUCUGGAAGAAGCCAGUCUGUCAGCUUUCGGAGAGCAGCGUCCCUCCACCAAGCAGGAGUUCCGCAAGUCCUUCGUGAAGCGAUGCAACGACCCGGUGAUCAACGAAAAGCUGCACCACAUCCGAGUCCUCAAGAGCACUUUAAAAGCAAAGGAAGGGGACCUCACCGUUAUCAACAGCCUUCUGGACGAUCCCAACUUAACAUCCAAGAAGUUCAAAGAUUGGAAAUUAAAGAACUAUGAGUUCUUCCUGGACAUUUGUGAGUACAGUGCUGCUGGGAAGUCUCAAAACGGAGCCUCUGAACUGGCAAGCUCGGCCCCAAUGCUGACACACACACACUCCUUCAUCGAGACUCACGUGUGACAGGAGCUCAGCCUGGCCACUGCUGGGUGCCUGACAGAGGCAGGCAGACAAACCCUGGUGAAUUUAAGGUACUCAGCAGUACUGUAAAUACUUGGGUAAGAGAAUAGUGCCACAGGAUGCCUACUACAUUGCAUGAUAAGACAAUAAUAUUCUUUAUGAAUUUUUUUGUUUGCUGUUAUCAACCAAUGUCCGUAUCGAGCUCUGCAUUAGGAAGAAGCGGUGCAGAAGUGUAACUGAAAAUAAAUACCAGUAUAUUUAAAGUACUGUACUAAAACUCAGCUUAUAGUAUGAGUUCCUGCAAUCAUUUUAUAUAUUUAGAUAUAUAUAAAAUCAUAUCUAUGUAUAUAAAAUGUAACGUGGUAGUUGACAUUUCCUUUUAAAAUUCCCUAAAGUUCACAUUUUCACACAUUUUUUCUUGAGAAAAAAUAUAAAAAUGAAGACAUGAAUACAUUGGCCACUCUUAGAGAUGAACAUUUAUUUUUGCAACAUUUCCAGGUAGUGACCAUCUUUGCAAAUAAAAGGACAGAGUUAUCAAAAUGUAAACUCAAUCCCUAUAGUGUGCCUUAAAAUGUACACUGUACAUCUAAGAAAUAGAUCCCAGUCUGGCCCUAUGGGCACUCUGUACAUGCCAUUUAAAUACUGUGUUUGUAACGUGCUGUGCCUGCCUUUAAAUGAAGGAACACGAGCAAGCAGGUUUGGCACAGAGGUAAGAUACGAGUAGAACAAUAUUGGUUGUUCACUAAUGCUGCAACUUAAACAGGUUUUAAUAGGAUUUGAAGUAUUUCAUGGUGAAAGAAAAAAAAAUCUGCACUGAGUAAGGUACAUACUGCAGGUUUUCAUCGUUUCUUCACUGUGAAUUGAAGUGACACAUGACUGUGAGUCACAAAAUUCAAAAAAGCAUGAGAAUGAAGCUAAAAAAACCUCCUGAACUAAUCAAUUACAUUCUGUGGUACACUGACAUCUAUAGCUGAGUUAAUAAUUCAAAAUUAUGUAAUGUCUGGCAAUAAUUUUUAACUGCUAGCAGUACAUGUGCAAGUGGGUGAAGUUAUUCAAAACAUCGUUCAAAAACCAAUCGGUAUUGAUUGGUUUGGGAAGACACACAAGUCACGCAGUGGAUUUCACUUCCUUGCCUGGGUGAGAAUGGUUUGGAAGAAUCAGAUUUUGGGGAAAAUACUUGUAUUCUUGGGGGGGAAAAAGAUUGCUCUGAAUGCUACUGAACAUAGAUUUCAAAGCCAUUCACAGUUUGCUUUGACUCUGCUUGUAGAAUAGUUCUGAAAGGCAGAAUGAAGGGGAUGUGAAUACAGCUGAUGUCAUUUCACUGAAACAGAUUU